AUGUCUUACGAUAUGACAACUGGUACUGCGAAAUUUGAACGGAUGACAAAAGAAGAAAAAUUACGUUUUUGUCAAGAUCUUAUUAAACAAGCUGCUAAUUUAACUAAAUCAUCAGAUUUAAGUGGUAUUCGUUCGACAGGAAGUAAAUCAAGUAUUAGUGGUGUACGUUCAACAAGUAAAUCAAGUAAAAGACCAGCUUCAACUAGUGGUACUCUAUCGAAAAAAACUAAAAGUGGAACAUUAAGUCAUGAUGAAAAAUCAAAAUUGCAUAGUAAAUCAACUAUAGCUAAACAAUCAGCAUCAAAACCUAUGGACAAAUCAUCUACAUCACAUAAUCCACUAAAAUCGAAGACAAACUUUCGUCAGCAUGCUUCAGUUCGAUCGGAAGAUAACAAAUCAAAAUCAAAAUCGAAAGCAAGUAGUAAAAAAUCUUCUGUACGUACAGAUGUUAAAACAGGUAGUGCAAGUGGUAUUCAGUCAAGCAUGAAAACAGGUAAUAAUAAUGUUAAAUUUUCUAAAUAG